CCGGGCGGCGCGAUCCCCUGUUCUAACACAAAAGAAGCGCGACGGUCGGUGUCGGCGGGGGAAAAGUCGAGGCGAGGACGACUCGUGAGAUGGAGAUGGUAGGGGACUACGGCAAGUUCGUGGGGCAGCAAUCUGAAGGUCAUUCUCGCGGCCCUGAGAUCCAGAGUAAGGUUCCAGAUCCUCUUUCUCGUCAUUUUCGUAGGAAGAAUGAGGACAAAGGCGAGGUUCCAGUUAUCCCUACGUUCGAAGAUGAGAGCUUGGAGGGGUCGAUGCAACUGGAGAGACAGGAGAAAAUGCUUUGGACUAUACCCGUCAGCGCUCCACCUGAUGAACAACUUGCUUUGUUGAAUGCCAUUGAAGAAAACAGACAGGAACAAAACACGGUCAGGUCUGCUGCGUUGCCAGCCAUAAUUCCUGAAGUGGUGAAAGACUAUGAUGCUGAUGCUAGUAGUAAUGAGGAUAAGGGUAAGGAAUGGUUGGAGGACAGAGGCAAACCCCUCUUGUGGGAUCCGGGCAUGGUUCUGGAGACUGAUGAUAAGGAGACCCAGCAGCUGCUCAAGGAUAGGGCUAACAAGUCGGACAUAUUGGAUGGUGGUGGUCAUGAGACAAAGGAUGAGAUGGAUGGUGGCAAAUUUCCUGUCUCGGAGGAACAGGUCACGGUUCUGGGGACCCAGGAGAUACCAUGCUCUCUACUUCUUUUGGAGAUCGAAUCCUAUAUGCAGGUGCUUAACGAACUGAAGGAUGCACGCAGAUGCUUCUACGGUGAAGAGCUUGAUAACUCCAAACAGCUGCGGAUCAAAGGGGUGGCGGGUACCAAAGAGGUGGCAGCUUUGCAUACCAGGCUAAGUGAAGCAAAAUGUAAAAUGGACCUUCUUCUGCGGGGGGACACAGAAGCUGCCAGCCGGGUACUCAAAUGUGCUCGGGCGCAUGAGGUAGAGCGAAAGCAGUUGACUGGGGUUGGGAUGGAAGACAGUUUUUUGGAGAAGCAGGUGAUUGGUCCAUUGCCUUGUGAGGCUGGGAUGGGAGGGGAAUCCGGCAAGCAGCAGCAGUCUCAAUUUCUUCCUUGCCGCCCUGGGAUCCAGAGUAGUGAUCCACACAUGAUCGAAUGGACCAAAUCCAACGUCAAAGCUACAGAUCUCACUCCCACCAUCACCAAAAGUGAAAAUGGCGACAAUGGUGAUGUUGAUGUUGAUGAUCGGCUUGCUACCACAUUCGAUCAGCAUAUGAUCGAGCAGACCAAAUCCGAUGUCGAAGCAGCAGAUCUCAUUCCCGCCAUCACCAAAAGUGACAGCAGCAACGAUGUUGAUGUUGAUGAGCGGCUCGCUACCACAUUCAGAUCAGACAAGCUGUUACUUGGAGCUGCAGAUCUCACUCCCACCAUCACUAAAAGUGACAGCUGCAACGAUAUUGAUGUUGAUGAGCGGCUCGCUACCACAUUCAAACAAGACAAGCUGUUACUUGAAGCUGCAGAUCCUGUUCCCACCGACACAGCUUAUGGUAAUGUUGAUAAGAUGGACAGCGGCAAAUCAAUCGAGCAGUUAGACAUGGAGGCCAUGGAGAUGGCCAGCGAGGAGAAUGAUUUCGCCCUGUACGCUGAGGCCCGGAACAAGGAAUGGGCUCACCAUGGUUACUUCGGAGACACGACGAUGUUGAGUUCCAUGCAGUUUGCACACUUGCAACCUGGUACCACCAAGUCAUACGGUGUUGGAUUCCCGCCCACCCUGCAGAUCAUUUCAGUCAAACUCGCGGAUAUAAAAGGUGGAUUGGAAUGGCCAUUGCCCGUGUACGGCGUGGUUGCUGUCCGGGACACCAUGGAUCACAAUCGUAACCUUCUGUUUGCUUGUGACCGGAACAAGUGCCAGAUAGUCGAGAAAGAUCAUCCUUACUUGUGCUUGACCGGCCCCUCUCGUGCAAUUGUGUUUGAAGAUGGUGUUAUCCUUGAAAUCAAACUGAAACUAAGAGGCAGCACAGUGUCUCAAGAUAGAGCAUUGAUCACUUGUAUGCGAAAUUACCACGCAGGAAAGGGUACCAUCAGCUUUACAAACUGCUUCUGUACAGCUGAGUUAAGUUUGGAGGUGAUUCAGGAAACAGUCCAGGCCACGAUCUUGGGUAUCCGUGUCAAAGGGGGAUCAUGGCCUUCCAAAUAUGGAGGUAGAGUUGUUUGCUUCGCACCAGUCGAGGUCAUUGAUGGUCAAGACAUUUCCAGUCCUGAGGAAGUGGUGCUGCUUGAUUCCCGUCGUGGAGCAAUGCCUAGGGCUUCAGAUGGUUACCUUCGUCUCUCAAGGCAUGUUGUUUCUGUAGAAAUUCGAGGCAGCCUGGAAGUCGUCUUGCAGAGUUACUGUGCAUCUGGUGAUAUCGUUUCAGAAACUAAUGUAAGCUUGGGGAAGUCGUCUUUGCACCCGAUUAUUUCAAUGCAUGUCAGAAGAAAUGUAAGCUUGGGGACGCUGAGGUAGAGAUUACUGUUGCUUGGUCCUGUCUGGUUACGGAGAAGGAAGAUAUCACAAAAGAGGGCUGGCUGCUUGAAGGUCGACAAAAGAAGUGAUGCAGGACGUGUAUGACUGGGAGUCAUGAAGCGACAGGCCAACAGCAAGCAAAACUUUGCUCUGUUCAUUUUGGUUGGUGAAUUGUCCUCACUAUGUUUGUACCAAUUAGCUAUUUAAGUUCUCAACUAUUCGUUUAUGGACAGCAAGUUAUGUUGUCGACACUAACUAAUGUCACCAUCUAAGUAUUUGUGUAUCCACUGUAACUCUUUAGGUU